UUAUACGAAAGCUAUGAACAAAACAGUCGUAAGAUGUCUUCUUUCUCGUUCACAUCAUCCUCUUAUUCAUUUCUCCACCAAUUCACCUCUUAAUUGUACUCUUCUCGACAGAGUUUCCUCCUGUAGCCGUUAUCUCACAACAAGGUUUAUGUCCACUCCUCCGCCGGAUGAAUUGAUUGGAUUCGACGACCCUUUCUCUCCCAUUGAAUCGCCGGAAGUGGUGGAUUUAACUAAAGAGUACUCCUUUUUGCAAGAUUCUCUUGUGGACUCUGGUGUCCACCAUUUGCCCAUAACUCAAUCCUCCUCCAUUGAUGCCAGAGCCAUUGCAGAUGCUGUCUCUUGUGGCGACGGCGUAUUCGCGAGCAAAUCCCAGAAGUUUCUUAGGCAAUUUAGAGAGAAACUGAGUGAGAGUUUGGUGAUCGAGGUGCUGCGUUUGAUAGAAAGACCAUCUGCUGUUAUCAGCUUCUUCGUUUGGGCAGGUAGGCAGAUAGGUUAUAAGCAUACCCGACCUGUGUAUAACGCUUUGGUAGACUUGAUUGUACGCGAUGAUGACGAAAAAGUUCCGGAAGAACUCCUGCAACAGAUCAGCGACGAUGACGAGGAAAUGCUUGGGGAGUUUCUGAAUGUGCUGAUAAGAAAACGUUGCAGGAAUGGGUCGUUUAGCAUUGCGCUUGAGGAUUUAGGGAGGCUCAAGGAUUUUAGGUUUAGACCUUCAAGAUCUACUUAUAAUUGUCUGAUUCAGGCAUUUCUCAAGGCUGAUCGUUUGGACUCUGCUUCUUUGGUUCAUCGGGAAAUGUCCCUUGAAAAUCUUAGGAUGGAUGGGUUUACACUUAGAUGCUUUGCUUAUUCUCUUUGUAAAGUAGGAAAGUGGAGGGAAGCUCUAACAAUGAUGGAAACUGAAAACUUUGUGCCUGAUACUGUAUUUUAUACAAAACUCAUAUCUGGUCUGUGUGAAGCUUCGCUUUUUGAAGAGGCUAUGGAUUUCCUGAAUAGGAUGCGAGCUACUUCCUGCCUUCCAAAUGUUGUAACAUAUUCAACUUUGCUCUGUGGAUGCUUGAACAAAAAACAGCUGGGUAGGUGUAAAAGGGUACUUAAUAUGAUGAUGAUGGAAGGUUGUUAUCCAAGUCCGAAGAUUUUUAAUUCUCUUGUACAUGCUUAUUGCACAUCAGGAGACCAUCCUUAUGCAUACAAAUUGCUAAAAAAGAUGGUUAAAUGUGGUCACAUGCCAGGGUAUGUUGUUUACAAUAUAUUGAUUGGGAGUAUUUGUGGUGACAAAGACUCACUUAGUUGUGAUCUUUUGGAAUUGGCUGAGAAAGCUUACAGUGAAAUGCUUGCUACGGGGGUUGUUCUGAACAAGAUUAAUGUCAGCAGCUUCACUCGGUGUCUUUGUAGUGCUGGGAAAUAUGAGAAGGCAUUCAGUGUUAUCCGUGAAAUGAUCGGUCAGGGGUUUAUACCAGAUACCAGUACCUAUUCCAAAGUCCUUGGUUAUUUAUGCAAUGCUUCUAAAAUGGAAAUGGCGUUCCUGUUGUUUGAAGAAAUGAAAAAUCGUGGCCUUGUUGCUGAUGUCUACACGUAUACUAUUAUGGUAGAUAGUUUUUGUAAAGCUGGUCUAAUUGAACAGGCUCGUAAGUGGUUCAAUGAAAUGAGAAAGGUUGGUUGUACACCUAACAUCGUCACGUAUACUGCUCUUAUCCAUGCUUAUCUUAAGGCUAAGAAGGUCAGCUAUGCGAAUGAGCUCUUUGAAACGAUGCUGUCUGAAGGGUGUGUCCCCAAUAUCGUUACAUACUCUGCCCUAAUUGAUGGCCAUUGCAAAGCUGGAAAAACGGAGAAAGCUUGCCAGAUUUUUGAAAGAAUGUGUGGCAGCAAAGAUGUUCCAGAUGUUGAUAUGUACUUCAAGCACUUUGAUGACAAUAGAGAGAGACCAAAUGUAGUUACAUAUGGAGCUUUAUUGGAUGGUUUCUGCAAGUCACAUAGGGUCGAAGAAGCUCGAAAGUUGUUGGAUGCUAUGUCUAUGGAAGGUUGUGAACCGAAUCAGAUUGUAUAUGAUGCUCUUAUCGAUGGACUCUGUAAGGUUGGGAAACUAGACGAAGCACAAGAAGUGAAAAAUGAGAUGUCUGAGCAUGGAUUCACCGCAACCUUAUAUACUUACAGUUCUCUUAUUGAUCGUUAUUUCAAAGAGAAGCGCCAAGAUUUAGCCUCAAAAGUAUUGUCUAAGAUGCUUGAGAAUUCCUGUGCACCCAAUGUGGUUAUAUACACUGAGAUGAUUGAUGGUUUAUGCAAGGUUGGUAAAACUGAUGAAGCUUAUAAGCUUCUGAAAAUGAUGGAAGAAAAAGGGUGUCAGCCAAACGUUGUGACAUAUACUGCGAUGAUUGAUGGCUUUGGAAUGAUUGGUAAAAUAGACACAUGCCUUGAGCUCUUAGACCGAAUGGGUUCCAAAGGAGUUGCUCCAAAUUAUGUGACUUAUAGGGUCUUGAUAGAUCAUUGUUGCAAAAAUGGUGUAUUGGAUGUGGCCCACAAUCUUCUAGAGGAAAUGAAACAGACUCAUUGGCCUACGCACACAGCAGGAUAUCGCAAGGUUAUCGAAGGAUUCAAUAAAGCGUUCAUAGAGUCUCUUGGGCUUCUCGAUGAGAUGGCUCAGGAUGAUAAUGCCCCGUUUCUUUCAGUAUAUAGGCUUUUGAUUGAUAAUCUUAUUAAAGCUCAAAGGAUGGAAAUGGCUCUUAGGCUUCUUGAAGAAGUUGCAACAUUGUCACCCAAGUUGGCUGGCUACAGUAGCACAUAUAAUUCGUUGAUUGAAAGCCUUUGCCUUGCUAAUAAAGUUGAAAAGGCUUUUCAGUUGUUCUCGGAAAUGACGAAGAAAGGUGUCAUUCCGGAAAUGCAAACAUUCUGUUCUCUUAUCAAGGGACUUUUCCGAAACAGCAAGAUCAGUGAAGCACUUUUGCUUCUAGAUUUCCUCUCUCAUAUGGAAAUUCAGUGGAUAGACGAAAAGAAAGCAUCUGAUGGGGCUUAGGCUUAUUGAUCCAUAAUGUCUAGUUCUGACUUGCUCAGAUAGAUGGUGUUAAGCAUCCUAGUGGAAACCUGAAAUUUCCAAGGUUGGAAGCAUUGGAUAACGUAUUGGGAAGACCUCAACGCGCAUGAUACGCAUUGGGUUUUUGGACCAAAUCCUUCGUUCUGCUUUGUACAUGAUGUGUAAAUUUAUACUUCUGAUGAUUCUUAAUGGGGUUGAUUGACCUCCAUUGAGUACUCUACAAUUGCAUUAAUGCGCCGUACAGGUAAGCAUGACUUUGGUAGAGGUUGUAUGAUCUUUACCUAAAGACCUAUAGAUUCCCUGCUUUGAUCAUUCACGCCAAUAGCUUUAACUCUUCAGUUCUUGAUGAAUUUUUCACUGAUUAUAAUGGCAAAGUCUCUUAGGAUCCACGUGGGAUCAUAUGAGGGAAUCCAUAUAAUGAGUAAACCCUCUGUAACUAUUAAGUAUAUUUUGUAUUGCACUGUCUAUCUUCUGUGUUUUUAUCAUCUAAAGGCAUUUCUGUUUUCACAUUUUCUUUCAGUAUAUCCCUUAAUACUCUCUUUUGCGGAGCCCAGCUUCUCUUCUCAAUCCGUUCAGAGCCAUGCUUGGGUAGGAAGGUGAUAUCAGAGCUUCCAAACAUCUAUGGAUGAGCACGGGCACACGGGAAAGGGACCUAGAAGAUCUCAAAACCAUUAACUAGCAAACAAUAGGAUCAAAAGACAUUAAGUAUGUAAACAAAAUCAUCAAAAGCAUGUGCAAAUCUUGUCUGGAUCCUACUAACCAGAAGCUGGUUUUUGCUUGAAACAGUUUGGUUGCCAUCUGUUUGUUACUAGGUGGCAUGGCAGUACCUGCUGAAGCAAGCCCUAGACGCUACUAAGCAGUAGUUCUCUCUCUACAGAGAAUCAGAGUGAGUGCUUGUCUUGCGUUCAGCGAAUGUGUUAGUUAUACUCUGUAUUUUAAAGGGUCAAUGGUCUUUACUGUACAUUCUUCAGAGUAACAGAGAUUUUCUUUUCAGAUUACAUCUGUCGUUUCCCUCUCUUAA